CCUCUUAUAUCACAAGAGAAUCCCAAUAAGAAUUCUGAGGAUGUCAUGUCAUCACUAAAUUAUAAUGUAGAAGAUAAAGAUAUCACGCCACGCUCUUCAGGAGGAAACCUCAUUACUCUUAAUUUAUAUCCAGGACUUCACAGCACAGAUCUGUCAUAUAAUCUCUCUAAUCAUGAGGAACCUUCUCCUGAUCAAUCAAAUAUUAUCACAAGUGCAGGCCAGAAGGGGAGUAAAUGUUUUCAGCGUGGUAAAGAGUUCACAAAAAGCUCAGGUCUUUCUACACACAGAAGGACUCAUACAGGGAGGAAGCCAUACUCCUGUUCAGAAUGUGGUAGGUGCUUUACAUAUAAAUCCCAUCUUGCUACACAUGAGAAAAGUCAUACAGGGGAGAAGCUAUAUUCAUGUCCAGAAUGUGGGAAAUGUUUUAUAGAUAAAUCAAGUCUUGUUAGACAUGAGAGAAGUCACACAGGGGAGAAACCAUAUUCAUGUUCAGAAUGUGGGAAAUGUUUUGCCGUUAAAUCAUAUCUUGUUGCACAUCAGAGAUUACACACAGGGGAGAAACCAUAUUCAUGUUCAGAAUGUGGGAAAUGUUUUGCAGUUAAAUCAUAUCUUGUUAGACAUCAGAGAUUUCACACAGGAGUGAAACCGUAUUCAUGUUCAGAAUGUAGGAAAUGUUUUACCCAGAAAACAACUUUAGCUAUACAUGAGAGAAGUCACACAGGGGAGAAACCAUAUUCAUGUUCAGAAUGUGGGAAAUGUUUUGCAGUUAAAUCAUAUCUUGUUACACAUCAGAGAUUUCACACAGGAGUGAAACCGUAUUCAUGUUCAGAAUGUAGGAAAUGUUUUACCCAGAAAACAACUUUAGCUAUACAUGAGAGAAUUCAUACAGGACAGAAGCCGUAUUCAUGUUCUGAAUGUGGAAAAUGUUUCACACAAAAAUCACGUCUUGUUUUACACGAGAGAAAUCACACCGGAGACAAGCCAUAUUCAUGUUCAGAAUGCGGGAAAUGUUUUACAACAAAAUCAUAUCUUGUUACACACGAGAGAAUUCACAAAAGAGAGAAGCUAAAUUCAUGUUCAAAAUGUGGAAAAUGUUUUAUAUAUAAAUCACAUCUUGUUAUACAUGAGAGACGUCACACAGGAGAGAAACCAUAUCCGUGUUCAGAAUGUGGGAAAUGCUUUACAGGCGAACCAGGUCUUGUUAGACAUAAGAAAAUUCACACAGGAGAUAAACCGUAUUCGUGUUCAGAAUGUGUGAAAUGUUUUGCACAGAAAUCAAAUGUUGUUACACAUGAGCGAAUUCACACAAGAGAGAGAACCUGUAAUGCUGAAUUGCUAUCCGAUGGCAGCAUUGGGGAAGCAAGGGAGGGUAAGUCCUACGUAAAAGAGCUUCAAUCCACAGGUUAG